GUCAGUGGAAGCGGUGGAAGCAAGAGGAGAGUCCAGGAGGGAAUUCCAGGAGAAGACGGGACGCUGUGGAGCCCAGCAGUGUUGUAUGGACGCUUUCCGGAGAUUGACGACUCGAGGAGGAGUGAGCGGCGGGACUGUCUUAAAGGAUUCAUGUACUGAACUGUAGGAACUAUCAUAUGAUUGAGGACAGUGGCAGAGGGAGGGCAGACUGAAGCAGCUGGUAACAGUUGGUGUAUUUUCGUUGUUCUGUUGACCUGUUGCGAGUUUCUAGAACUUAGUAGAAGUCUGUAUCUCCUAGAUGUGUAUUUUCUAGAAGUCUUGUGUAGUUUUGUGAGGUUACUCUGCUUAGGAAUGUGCUUUUGAUGGAUGGGGUCAGGAGUUGUUGACAGAUAGCUACCGCUAGGGCUAGUCCAGUAUUGCACUCUAGAGUAGGGUUUCACCGAUCACAUCUGGUCCCACUUUUAUCAGGGACAGAGACUUUUAUCAGGGAUAGUGCAUUGAUUGCAGGGACCGUUCAUUGACUGUGGCUAGGGGGUGGUGUACCUGUGUCAGCCAUGGAUAAGCUAAUCGAACAAGGCAAGGAGAUGGGCUUGGAGGGGGAAAACCUCCUGAAGUUUGUGAUGGCCCAGCAGGCUAUAGAAAGAGAUGAACGGGCCAAGGAAAGAGAGGCUCAGAGGGAAAAUGAGGCUAAGGAGAAAGAGGCUCAACGAAGACAUGAGCUGGAGAUGGAAGAGCUGAAGGUACGGCAGGCGGAAAUCGAGUACCAUAAGGCCAAGAAAGAAGGUACAGGAGACGUCAAGGCUAAGACGCCGAGACUACCCAGCUUCAUGGAAGGUGAAGAAAUAGAUGGGUACCUCUUGAGGUUUGAGAGGUUUGCCCGUGCCAACCACUGGGCGGAAGACACGUGGGCGUCUCUACUGAGUGCCCUACUAACAGGGAAAGCACUAGACGUAUUCUCUGCAGACUUCCCAGUCGGUUUGUGGCCAUUAAAUUCACAAUACGGAGCGUCAGACGUAACAGGAAAUGGAAAUGACGGGGUAGCAACAGGAGUCAGUUUAGCACCGGGUCCAAACGGAGACCCUGACGGCGCUUUCCUGUUUUCCGGGAAUUCGAAUUCCUACCUCGACAUUCCCAACAACGGCAGGCUGGAUGUGCAGUACUCCUACACCAUACUGGCGCACAUAUAUCCUACAGGCCGGGCUGGACCGAUCAUCGACUUCACCCCGAACACUGGGUGGGGUGUGCAUCUUUGGCAGACGGAUUCCCCACAACUGUUUAUGAGGGCGGUUAGACGAGAUGGAUACAUCACACCUGAGGUUGCUGCAAAUGUCCUGCAGCAGAACACUUGGAACUACGUGGGCGGAACCUACGACAGUUCCACAGGUGUAGAAGCCAUCUGGAACAACGGUGAAGUGGUCGGACGGACGCACGUCGGAGUCCCUUCGGUCGCAACUCAGUACCCCAUCCGGGUGGCGGUGAGGGACGGAGACCAUCGGACGUUCGCGGGCCGUAUAGCCUGUAUCCAGAUGUACAACUUCGCCAUGACUCAAGAACAGAUCGUCGCAGCGAGGGAUAAGUGUGCUCCAGACCCCUGCCCGCAAAACUACGAACUCGUCGAGGUGAACGGAACCACUACGUGCCUGCGGUUUUCUGCCGGAGGUGACCGUAAAAACUACCAGGCGGCCAGCCAGACCUGCCGAGAUGAAGGCGCCCGUUUGGUGGUCAUCAAAUCCGCUGCACUGGACGCGUUCAUCGACAACCGCAUCCGAACCACCUACGCCGCAGAGACGUGGAUCGGGCUGGAUGAUCUGACUGUUCAUUUUCAAUACCGUUGGAGUGACGGCAGCGUGCUGGGUGCUGGUGACUUCAACGACUGGUUUCCCUCACAGCCGAACCCAGACCUAGAAAGAUGUGUGGAGAUCCGCCCGCAGUUUGGCUACACGUGGAACGACCAUCACUGCAGUUACCUCAAGAACUACAUUUGCGAGAUAAGACCUGUGGUUGAUGGCGGUUGGUCAGACUGGAGCCCGUGGUCUGGCUGUAGCGUGACGUGUGGAGUCGGGACGGAGACUCGGGGCCGAACCUGCACCAAUCCGGCACCAGCUAACGGUGGGGCGGACUGUGAUGGACUGGAUCAGGACACUCAAGACUGUGACACGGAGGUGCUCUGUCCGGUUGACGGCGGUUGGUCAGACUGGAGCCCGUGGUCUGGCUGUAGCGUGACGUGUGGAGUCGGGACGGAGACUCGGGACCGAACCUGCACCAAUCCGCCACCAGCUAACGGUGGGGCGGACUGUGAUGGACUGGAUCAGGACACUCAAGACUGUGACACGGAGGUGCUCUGUCCAGUCGAUGGCGGUUGGUCCGACUGGAGCCCGUGGUCUGCCUGUAGCGUGACGUGUGGAGUCGGGACGGAGACUCGGGACCGAACCUGCACCAAUCCGGCACCAGCUAACGGUGGGGCGGACUGUGAUGGACUGGAUCAGGACACACAAGACUGUGACACGGGUGUGCUCUGUCCGGUUGAUGGCGGAUGGACCGACUGGAGCCCGUGGUCUGCCUGUAGCGUGACGUGUGGAGUUGGGACGGAGACUCGGGACCGAACCUGCACCAAUCCGGCACCAGCUAACGGUGGGGCGGACUGUGAUGGACUGGAUCAGGGCACAAAAGACUGUGACACGGGUGUGCUUUGUCCAGUGGAUGGCGGUUGGUCCGACUGGAGCCCGUGGUCUGGCUGUAGCGUGACGUGUGGAGUCGGGACGGAGACUCGGGACCGAACCUGCACCAAUCCGGCACCAGCUAACGGUGGGGCGGACUGUGAUGGACUGGAUCAGGACACACAAACCUGUGACACGGGAGUGCUUUGUCCGGUCGAUGGCGGUUGGUCCGACUGGAGCCCGUGGUCUGCCUGUAGCGUGACGUGUGGAGUCGGGACGGAGACUCGGGGCCGAACCUGCACCAAUCCGGCACCAGCUAACGGUGGGGCGGACUGUGAUGGACUGGAUCAGGACACACAAACCUGUGACACGGGUGUGCUCUGUCCGGUCGAUGGCGGUUGGACCGACUGGAGCCCGUGGUCUGGCUGUAGCGUGACAUGUGGAGUCGGGACGGAGACUCGGGACCGAACCUGCACCAAUCCGGCACCAGCUAACGGUGGGGCGGACUGUGAUGGACUGGAUCAGGAGACACAAAACUGUGACACGGGUGUGCUCUGUCCGGUCGAUGGCGGUUGGUCCGACUGGAGCCCGUGGUCUGGCUGUAGCGUGACGUGUGGAGUCGGGACGGAGACUCGGGGCCGAACCUGCACCAAUCCGGCACCAGCUAACGGUGGGGCGGACUGUGAUGGACUGGAUCAGGACACACAAGACUGUGACACGGGCGUGCUCUGUCCGGUUGAUGGCGGUUGGACCGACUGGAGCCCGUGGUCUGGCUGUAGCGUGACGUGUGGAGUCGGGACGGAGACUCGGGACCGAACCUGCACCAAUCCGGCACCAGCUAACGGUGGGGCGGACUGUGAUGGACUGGGUCAGGACACACAAGACUGUGACACGGGGGUGCUCUGUUCAGCUGUGUCUGACUUGACCUUCCACGAUAUCGAGAUGGACCGGAUGACCCUGUCCUGGACAGCAUCUGCUAACGUCACACGAUACCGACUCCGUUACCGCCAUGCCGGGGCUUCGUACCAGGACCUGUCUCCCCCGCCAGCACCGGGCGACACCCAGGCCACCGUACGGGGACUGUGGGCGGAUACGGAGUACUUCUUCUCCCUGACUGCGUUUGGAGAGAACGACGAGGAAAUAGGAGAGAUCGGCGGCACAGAGACAACAGGUGAAGUUAUCGUGAACGUGGACUGCCAUCAGGACCACAUGAGCGUGACCUUCCCUAGAGCAGCGCUAACAGAGGUCAAUGUGGACACCAUGCACCUACUGAACGACAGCUGCCGGGCGACGCAUAACGUGACCGAGGUGACUCUUCGGACCGGUCUGCAGGAGUGCGGGACGAUCCAGGAGUCGUCAGAAGGCAAAAUCAUCUUCAGUAACGAGGCGAUCGGCAGUCCGGUAGUGCACGGUAACGGUGCUGUGAGAGGAGCAACCUUCAGGACGAGGUUCCAGUGUGAGUUCGUCAGUCAGUUUGUUGUCUCACAGGAAAGGAACAUCCUCUUCAACAUUCCGUCUCCUCGUGUGGAAGUUGUGAACGCGGAAAACCAGUUCACCUUCGAGAUGCACAUGUCUCCAUCUGCAGACUUUGCUGAUACCUACAGGUCAGCCGACUACCCAGUACAGGUGACCCCGUCUGACCAGCUGAAUUUCGGACUGAGCGUGAACUCACCUCUGGACAACCUGGAGCUGCUCGCCCUCCACUGCCUCGCCACGCCGAGUACCGACCCUGACGACUCUCCAAGUGUAGGCAUCAUUCAAGAUGGGUGCGACAUCGACACAACGCUUCAGUUAAACACUGAGCUGUCUAACGACAUGGCCUUGUACUACUCCAUCCAAUCAUUCACCUUCCCCAACGUUGAAGAUCCCAGCCUGGUGUACAUCCACUGCACCAUGGUGGUCUGCUUCAAGGACGACCCAGACUCGCGGUGCAGUCAGGGCUGCAUCCCCGCUAGGCGGCGCAGGCGCGCUGUGUCUGACAUGAGCGAGGCCCGAGUGCGACGUGCGAGCGAAGGGGACCAAACAGCCCACAUCAUACAGGGACCCUUCCAAGUUAAGAGUGGACAAAAACAAGCCUCCACCCUGCCCACUGUCGGCAUCGCUGUCGGGACAGCUGCGGGGAUAGCUGGCGUCCUCCUGCUGGCUGUUGCUGUCUUCGUGGUGAGGAAGAGACGUGGCCGUGACGUCAACAAACAGGCAGAGGAUCGCAUCGGUUUUGACAACUACUCGUUUGAGCUCUGGGGGAAGGGCAAGGCUGACAACAAGACCUCCAAUCCCGAGUAG